GCAGCUGAAGGAGAGUGCUCGGAGCCCAGCUCUCUAUCCACGGACCGACCUCACCCAUGUUCUCUAGGAGCAGUUACUUAGACGCUGCACUCCUUAUGGGGAUCCUUAUCUCCAUCUUCAGGCGAGGCCAUCGGAAGAAGGCAGAGAUGGGUGCUCGCACCUCCACGACGUCCCGCAGCUCAGUGUCCGCAGUGGACACAGUCACUGUCAGUGUGGCGCAGGGGCAGCCAGUGCCGGCCACGACACCCAGCUGUGUCCCGAACUACAACUACAGCACAGAGAAGACGGUGUUGAGGGCCCUGGAGGAGAGCGGGCAAGGGAUGGCCGAGCAGGAGGAAGUCCCCACAGUCACAGGGAGGAACGAAGACCAGAGAAGCGGCCCCGAUGACACCGGGGGCGCACGAUCUGCAGUUAGGCCCCUGGGGGGCUCUUUCUUCGUGCCCAGGCCUGGACCUCUGCAGAGAGACCUCCACGCCAAGUGGGCAGAGGACAGAUCCGCCAGGAAACAGCAGACCUCUUGUAUGAGUUCCUGCCCCCAAAGAAACGCCAUCACGAGCUCAUAUAGCUCCACCCGAGGUUUCCUGCCAGUGGAAAGAAGGAGGGGUCCCGCCAUACCGCAAGGGCUGCCCCAGAAGUCUGCGAAGACAGGGGGCGAGGAGGGCCCUCCAUCGCCAUCUGCAGCUCCGGUGGUUUACCAGAGGAAAAGCCAGCCUGACAAAAAUGCAGAGGCAGCAAGAGGGCAGAAAGGGCCCUGGAGGAAGGGCUCCUGCACAUCUGACAGUCCCAGGCCCCGAAAACGCAGGAUUCCUCUGCUGCCGCACAGGCGAGGGGAGCCUCUGAGGCUGCCCCCAGUCCCUGAGCCGAGUUUCCGGGUCACCGCCGAAGACCUAGACUCGGAGAAGGAAGCAGCGUUCCGGCGCAUCAACAGUGCGCUGCGGGAUGAGACCUAUGCCAUCGGGGACCUGGGCAGCUCUCCCCAGCUCUUCCCCAGGAAACGGAAAGCUCCAGCCUUUGCCUCUGCUCCAAGCCCCCCAGCUUUGGGCGGCCCCGCAGAUCUGAGCUGCAUGUUUGCAGCUCUCAGAGUUACGAUCAAGUGUGGAAAAGCACUGGCUUGUAUGAGUGGUAACAUGGAAAGCCAGACCUGUUUACAGUUUCCUGUGACCCUGCUCAUGGGUUGUGAAGAGUAG